AAUUUGCCAUUUUCAGUGGAAAACAAGUGGUGGUUACUGGCUAUGAUGACUGUGUACUUUGGAUCUGGAUUUGCCGCUCCCUUCUUUAUAGUAAGGCACCAACUACUCAAAAAAUGAGGAUAUUUAAUUCAUCUCUCUAACAGAAUGAAGAUUGUUUAAGAGAUAUGAUCUGAAAAUUGGAUUAAACUCUUGAACUCUUAUUACUAAAUAAAAUUGUAAAUAAACUGACAUGAAUAUU